AUGUCCGACAACCCCGAUGUCCCCAAUACCCAAAAGGCCUUCGUGCCCCUAGGUAAACAAACCAUUCCCCAAAAUACCCCGCACCAGCUAACACACUCAGAAAACAACCCCGAAGUAAUGUCCCACCUCGUCCACCAGCUCGGCCUCCCAGAAACCCUAGGCUUCACAGACGUCUUCUCAAUCAAUGAGCCGGACCUUCUAGCCUUCGUCCCCCGCCCCGCUCACGCCCUCCUCCUCGUCUUCCCCGUCUCAUCCACCUACGAAGCCCACCGCAGAACAGAAGACGAGCCAAUUCAACCUUACACAGGCUCCGGUCCCCAAGAACCAGUCACGUGGUUUAAGCAAACAAUCCGCAAUGCCUGUGGAUUAAUCGGACUUCUACACGCUGUUUCAAACGGUGAGACGAGAGCGCAUGUCAUCCCCGGCUCGGAUCUCGAUGGUCUCCUUAAGGAGGCGGAGGGGUUGAGCCCUGAAAAACGUGCAGAUCUGUUAUAUGAGAGCAAGGCUUUGGAAAGUGCGCAUGCGGAUGCUGCAAAACUGGGUGAUACGGCCGCGCCAGGUGCUGAGGAUGAUAUUGAUUUGCAUUUUGUGGCGUUUGUGAAGGGUGUUGAUGGGACUUUGUGGGAGCUUGAUGGACGACGGAAGGGACCUUUGGCGAGGGGUUCGCUUGGAGAGGAUGAGGAUGCAUUGAGUGAGACUGCGUUGAAGCUUGGAGUUAGGAAGUUUUUGGAGAUGGAGGCUAAGGGAGGAAAUCCUGAUUUGAGAUUUAGUCUUGUUAGCUUGGGACCUGUGUUUGAUUAA